UACGUUACAUUGAAAUAUUUUUUAUUUAAAAAUUCUAGGAUAAAGCUACAAAGAAAAUGGAUAGCGAAUCAGACAUUUAUCGUGAGUUGUGUGAUAAUCCAACAUUAUAUGUUUCACCAAGAGAACUUUUCGAAGUUAUGUUACCUAAUGAUGGUACAGUGUGUUUUAUCAGUAUGGUGGAACAAAUCGACAGUACAAUUGCUGUUAAAACUAAAAAUGGUGAAGUUCAACGUUGUCGAGUAAUUUUGACAAAUAAUAAAGACUGGAAGGUUCAAGUUACUAUAUGGGGCAAUAACAUAAAUCGAGUUAUACAUAACUUUAAAACAUCAUUUGUGGUACAUGUAUCCGGAGCUUUUUCUCAAAAACGUUAUUCUAAGAGUUUAGGAAAUGUCCCUAUGGAUUUAACUAUCAAAGAUUAUACAGUUGUGAAUGUCAUUGGAAAAAUUCGAGAAUAUGAGGAAACUAAAAUUUAUGAACCAGUUACUAUUUCACUAGAGAUAGUCACAUUUUUCAAGAGUUGCGAUGGCUCCCCUGUCAAGCUCAUUUUUAAAUAAUGUAGUUUCUCGACAGCCGAUAUAUCAUUAUUUUCCAUGAUCAUGGAC